ACGUUCCCCGAGAAGGCGCCGGUCCAGGAAGUGGCAUGCAAAGGAAGAGGACAUGGAUUAAAAAAUGUCCUUAAUUCGGGAAAUAUUGCGGUUAAUUAUAUAAAUACGUAGACGUGGUUGUAUAAGAAGGACAUGUCUCCAAUUAGAAGGCGGUUCUGGCUUUUAAAUAAUUAAAAUAAGUUGAUAAUUUCGCUCUGUGUUUCUGGUUCGCGUGUAACAGGGACUGUUUAUCUCUGCUGAAAUACAGCUGAUCCUUUUUGACUUUCUUGAAGCACUCAGGAGUUGUAAGAUGAGUUGUGUUGGUCACUUCAUGUACAGUAGGUGUUUGUUUCACCUCAGUAAAGUGAAAACAUCGGUGUCCUGGAGAGGCAGCCAAAAAAGACUGUUUAGCUGUACAGAAACCUGCAGGACUGUCAUGCCUGCCUGGGUUAUAGAUAAAUAUGGAGGCAAUGAUGUGCUAAGAUUCACUAAAAAUGCCAGCUUCCCCAUAAUCAACUACCCCAAUGAGGUCAUAGUCAAAGUGUUUGCAGCAGGACUGAACCCACUGGACGUCAGCAUGAGAGGUGGUUAUGGCGCUGCGACACUGACUAUGAAGAGAGACCCUCUGAACAUCAAACAGUCCGGCAGUGAGUUUCCUCUCAUCCUGGGUCGGGACGUUUCUGGGGUCAUCAUGGAGUGUGGCCUGGAUGUGAAGUACUUCAGAGAAAGGGAUGAGGUGUGGGCUGCUAUUCCACCGUGGAAGCAGGGCAGCCUGUCGGAGUUUGUGGUGCUGAGUGCUAACGAGGUGUCCCUCAAACCACAGUCUCUGAGCCACACCGAGGCAGCCUCCAUCCCCUACGUGGCCACCACCGCCUGGUCCGCACUCGUUAACACCGGCGGGCUCAGCAAGGACAACUGUGCCAAGAAACGGAUUCUGAUCCUCGGAGGAUCUGGGGGAGUGGGAACAUUUGCUAUACAGAUGCUGAAGGCCUGGGGAGCCCAUUUAACUGUUACCUGCUCCCAGAAUGCCGAGCGGUUCGUUCGGGGCCUAGGGGCAGACCAUGUGGUGGAUUACACUGCUGGACCUGUGGAGGAGCCGCUCAGAGCUCUGGAGAAAUUCGACCUGAUCCUGGAUAACGUCGGCGGGGACACGGAGCGCUGGGCGCUGAAUCUGCUGAAGCCGUGGAGCGGAGCCAAAUAUGUCACCCUUGUAACACCGUUCCUACAGAACACAGACAUGCUGGGCAUCGCCGAUGGCAUGCUGCAGACUGCUGCAACUAUGGCCACCAAAGCUGUCAAGCACCUCGUCAGAGGAGUUCACUACCGCUGGGGAUUCUUUGCACCCAGUGGUCCUGCACUGGAUGAAAUAAGGGCGAUGGUGGAUGCAGGACAGAUCCGGUCCGUGCUGGAUGAGACCUUCAGCUUCUCGCAGGUCCCUCAGGCCUUGGAGAAGGUGGAGAAGGGUCACGCUCGAGGAAAGACUGUGGUCCAGAUCAGCAAAGGAGGAGGCGACUUAUAGCACUGACUCUAUGAGAGACAUUUUUGAAAUGAACUCAAUGAAACAAAGACUAGAAUUUAAAGGUAUGCGGUUUGGAAACAAGAUACAAAUUUACU